AUGAUGUCCGCGACGGUCCAAGCGCAGGACUUUGCCCACGAGACCCGCGCCGCCUUCGAUGUCUUCGACAAGGACGGCAGCGGCACCAUUUCAGCCGAUGAGCUGCGCCAGGUCAUGAAGUCGCUCGGCGAGAACCUGACCGAUGCCGAAAUCGACGAGAUGAUCCGCGAGGCGGACAAGGACAAGAACGGCACCAUAGAUUACGAGGAAUUCGUCCAGCUCCUCUCACCGAAACCAUAA